CAUGCUCCGCCUCAGAAACUCCAUUCUCUCCCAUCUCCUAUCGACUUCCGCCGCCUCCACCGUCUGGCCUCUCCACCAACACCUCUCCGCGGCUGCGGCCGCCGUUUCCCCAAGGCCUAGCUUCGCCGUCGAGAAGUACCUCAUCGACACCUGCGGCCUCACCCGAGCGCAAGCCCUCAAGGCCGCCACGAAGAUCCCCCACGUCAACUGCCCAUCCAAGCCGGAUGCCGUGCUCGCCUUCCUCGCCGGCCUCGGCCUCUCCAGCGCCGAUGUCGCUGCCGUCGUCGCCAGGGACCCCAAGUUCCUCUGCGCUGGCGUGGAGAGAACCCUCGACCCCGUCGUCCUCGGGCUCAACGGCCUGGGUAUAUCGCGUUCUGAGGUUGCCCGCCUUGUCUCGCUCUCCCCCGAAAGAUUCCGCUCUAGAUGCAUCGUCUCCAAGCUGCAGUACUACCUGCCUCUUUUCGGCUCCACCGAGAGGCUCCUCCGGGCUCUCAAUCACAGCUCCAAUCUCCUCUCAAGCAGCCUCGAGAAGGUGGUCAAGCCCAAUGUUGCGUUCCUGCAGGAGUGUGGGCUAGGUGCUUGCGAUAUUGCCUCGCUGUGCGGCUCUGCGCGAUGGAUACUUGCCACCAAACCAGAGCACGUCCGGGCGAUGGCGAUGCGCGCCGAAGCUGUAGGUGUGCCCCGUGGCUCUGGAAUGUUCAGGCAAGCGAUGCAGGCUGUCGCAUUCCUCAGCGGGAAGGAGAUUGCCAUCAAAGUGGAGCAGUUGAAGAACAUGCUCAAGUGGUCGGAUGCUGAGGUGGGCAUUGCUGUUCGUAAGGCUCCAAUGGUCCUGGUUAGGUCUAAUGACGCGCUGGAGAGAAAAUCAGAGUUCUUUAUCUCUGAGGUGGGAUUGGAACCAGGGUACAUUGCUCAUCGGCCAGCAUUGCUCAGUUAUAGCCUGGAGGGCCGGAUCAAACCCCGGUACUAUGUCCUAAAGUUUCUUAAGGUAAAAGGGUUGCUACAUCAAGACCGAGACUACUAUAAUACAGUCAUGAUUAGCGAGAAGUUCUUCAUGGCGAGGUUUAUAUGCCCUCACAAGAAAGCUGCACCACACCUUGCUGAAGACUAUGCAGCAGCCUGCAGAGGGGAAAUGCCUACUAGAUUCAGAUUUACAUGAGCCAAGAACGGGUAUGAAUACUGGUAACUGCAUAUGGCACAGCAAAAUUUCACUUCGUGUAGCAGGCUGACAAUUCCUGAUUUGGUGUUCUUCGCAUAACUAAGUGGUGGAUGUCUGGCUUACUAUGUACGCUUUUUACAUGUUGAUUGGGGGUUGGUAAUUGAGGAUGAAAUUGAUGUUCAUUACUUCAUUCAGUAGAGAAGAAACCAUCACACUGCUAUCUUAUCCAUCCUCGUGUCAUAUUGACACACAUAUAGGAACAUUGAGAAUAUCAGGGCAUUCUGCAAAUGCUUUCAACUAUCAGUGAUUAGCAUAUCUGCACACUGUAUCUUUAUGUUAUUUAAUAGCCAUUGCAGUUGUCAAUGCAAACCUCAGUGUAUCUUUCCAUGAAAGAAGGU